UGCUUUCAGUACGUGGGACUGGACGUGCUGCCGAGACAAGGACAGCUAGAGGAACAAUACCCUCAACAUGUGUCUACUUAUCCAGCCAGUGACAGCCAAAACUUUAAUUCCCUUUGUUCUUUUUCCUUCUUUCUAAAGAUUCCUCAACCCAGAGGGGAAUAUACAUCUUUUUUUUUUUUUCCUCAAGGAUCAUGGGACCCUAAAACUCAGAAGUGGAGGAGAGCUGUUGCCUCCCAGGACCUGAAGAUGCUGUGUUUCCCUGCUGCCAAAAGUGAGCUCUUUUAGAUUCACUGGAUAAAAUCACAAGACAAGUCUGGAAUGCCAAAGGAACAGCGGCAUUUUGGAGAGUGUGGCGCCCAUAGCACCUCAAAGAAUGCCAAGGAUAAAAGCAACAGCGCCACCCUGCGGGCCUCUCAGGGUGGCACCCACAGGGGCCAGUCUGGGAUGGGUGACAUGAGCAACAGGCUGUCGCGCUGUGACUCAGAGAAGGACUCAGAAAAAGACUCAGGGUACUCAGAGGCUGGCUCGGACACAGUGCAGACUGAUGUGGACGACCAGCGCAGCAGUGUGAGCGAACCUCACAGGCAGAGCAGCAAAAGCUCGGACAUCCGAGGCGGUCAUAAUGCCGGCGGCCGCAACAUGCCACCUUACGAGGAGCUCACGCCCAUCUACGUCAUCGAAAACCUGGUGGUCAAGCCGUCCAGACCGGAGCAGCUUCUGCAUGGCCCCCUGGCAUGGGGGGGAGGUUGGCACAGCCUUACGGGUGCUAAGGCGCCCACCCAACUCUUGCUGAUCCAACAGCCAGCAAUACCCGCCCCCUCUUCCUCCACCCCGACCCCAUCCUCCAGUGUAGCUAAACCACAGGGCCAAAUGAAGAAAGGAGGCAGUCGCACCAACAAGAACCACAGCAGCAAGAUUUCGUAUCUCCCAAUCCUCAAUUCGUACCCCCGCAUCGCUCCUCACCCCAGGAAGGAGAGCCAUGAGGGCAAGGGCGCCGCUGCAGUAGGAGGGGCUAAGGAGAGUGGUAAUGAGGGCCAUAGCCAGAGCAAGAGGGUGUGCACUGAGGAGGGGAAGAGGGAGGCUGUGUCGACCACCAGCCAUCCUUUGAAGCUCCAGCAGCAGCACCACCAGAAAGAAGGCAGAGGCCAUUCCCAGUAUAACGUCAAGGGCGGCCAUAACUCUUUACUUAACCCGCAGGGACACGCUGCCUCCUCCACCACCCAGCCCAAAUCCCACCACUGCCACCAAAGCUCCUGCUCUGACAGCGUGAGCUCGCCUUCUGUCUCCAGCUCCCAGACGCCCUCCCCACCUUUCUCCUCUGAGUCCCCUUCCUCUUCCUCUCCCUCCUCCUCCUCCUCCGUGGCACACAGCUGCUACCGACCGGCCCCCGAGGCGGCGGUGGGCAGCUCCCUUCCGGACUACCAGUCAGAGUCUUCGCCGACACGCCAGCGCCGUUUCCUGAACACGGUGGAGAUCCUGAACCAGUCGGGCCUGCUGGCCAUCACGCUACGCGCCAAGGAGCUGCUGAAGCAGAACGCCGCCACCGAGAGGGAGAUCGCCCAGCUGCGUCAGCACACCCAGCUCCUGUGCCAAGCGGCCCAGGCCAGCCAGCAGGGAUCCACCGACGGCUCCAGCAGCCUCGAGAAACUCCUCCAAGCCAUGAGCGAGUCAGGCUCCUACCCCAAGCUAGACUUGAAGCAGCUCGAGGCCCUCAGCAACAACCACCAACAGGGCAAGAGGAAAGAUGAGGAGGAUAAAGGGAGGGACAGCAACCGAAAAAACAAUGAGGCACAUACCAGUUCUCAGCAAAACCUGGUGUCCUUACGCAAUUUAGACGAUGAGACGUCACCACCGUCUCCGCUGUUCGCCCCCUCUCCAGAAGCAGAGACGACAGAGCAUCCCGAUGGCCUGUUGGAGCCCCUCGCCUCGUCCCUGUCAGCGCCUCUACCCAGACCCGUUCCCGCGCCGGGACACAAACCACCAGGGAUGGAAAAGGACCUGACUGAUCUGACUAUGUCCCCGGAGAGCUCCACACACCACAAGUAUCUACUCUAGCUCCUGGAGGUGAACGAGCACGGAUCUGCAGGGUAAAAAGUGGACCUACCAAUACUGGAUGUCAUGAUUUUUUUUUUUUUGUUUUUGUGUGUUUGUUUUUCAUUUUGAAUCAUCUUAAAUUUCAAUAUAACAUUUAAUAUAAUUGGUUGAAAGGAUAAUAUGAUGAUUGUUUACUUUUCCUAUGGUGAUUCAAAGUUGAAUAUGACAGAUAUAUUUUCCUAAAUUUUUUUAGUUGUCAAUUUCAGAAUUGAAAACAUGUCCCUUUCUCCAUCUUUGCCUUCUGUGGGGAAACGUUUCGCAGCACCGGCAGUGACAGGAACAGUUUUGAGUGCGGGCUGAUACGGCGUAGCUAAUAUUUAAGUGUCCGCACAAGCUCUUGGUGAUGGACGUCCCGCGUGUCACAUGAACGACGGCAUCACUUUGAAACGCAUCAGCUGAUGUGGUGACAGAAACACUCGAUCACCUGAAGCAUGAGCCAACUCCUGCUCCAAUUAAAUCGGCUUCAUUCUGUGUAUAAACCCCCACAAUCCAAGGUUUCUUCUAUCUUAUGCUGAAUAUUUGCUGCUUGUUACAGCUUUGACAACAUAACAUUAUUUCGCAUCGGCGUUGACAAGCUUUCAGUGUGUGUGACGUUUAGGGCUUGGGUGAUGCCGCCCGCCCACUUAUGGCCAAAUUGGAGGUCCUCAGCUCCCAGGCAACAAUGACUGAUAACUACACACUGCAGCUCUGAGGAUGCAAUUUAACUCAGGAUAUAAUUAACACACUUUAAUUGUCAUGCUUAACCCUUUUGUUGCUGAUGAAUCUGAUAGGCUGCAUCGAAUAACUUGUUAGCCAGCAAAUCUCAGUAUCAGCUCAACUAACUUGUCCUCAUUUUGUACACUGGCUAAUGCAUCAAGUGAAAAGCAACCUUAGUGGUGGCUAGUUGCAGCGUCUUAACGUUAACAUUGGUUGCUUUGGUAAAUUAACUAGAUAGCAAGCUAACAAAGCCAAAAAAACAACUGUUUGUUCAGGUAAACUGAGAUGAGAUGCUAUAACUCAGUAUUUUGUAAUAGAGAAUAUAAAAACAGUUUAUUGUGUCAUACUUUAAAAUCAAAUCUCUCCUGUCAGACUAAAGAAAUUUACUGAAUGGACCUACAACACACCAUGACAAUGGUUUUCCAAGUUGUUGUUUUUUUUUCUUUUUUUGUUUUUUAGUUUUCUUUUGGUAAGGUGGCAGUUCUUUAUCUCGAUAUUAUUUGUAUACAGACGAUUUCCAGAUGGACCUGCAUGCAGUUCUCCCACAUUUUCUCACCCGCAAACCAGGUGUAUUUCACACCUAGAUGACUGGUAGAUCUAACAACCUGUGGAUGGCGCUAUGGAGCCCCUGGCACAGAGGUGUUAAAUGAAAUCAUCCAUACGUGACCUACAGCAAUCAGUUCUUUUGUUGUGGACUUUGUCUAACAUGGAGUGUCUUUACUGAUGUCGCACACUCAAGUUUGACUCAAAGGACGGCUGAUUGAAAUCAUUUUACUCGAUGAAUUUCUACUGAAAAACAGAAACUUCUCCAGGAGUUGUACAAUCGUCUUCAGCAGUGCACAACCGUGGAUUAUUUUGGAUUUAUUUUCAUUAUUUCUCUCUCUCUCUCUCUGUCAUGCUUGAAUGUCUGGCGUGUGCAUGUUUGUGCGUGUAUGUGCACGUUUGUGAUAGUGAGUGCAUACAGAUCUGUGAUGCAUUAGCUUGUACAACAUAAGUUUGCUUGAUUAAAAAUGUUUUUUUAUUAUUAUUAUUAUUAUUAUAGAGCAGGGUAAUUGAUAUAGACUGGUCGUAGUUAUGAGCCAUUGAUCAUGAUUGCUGUCUAACUGGAUGUAAUUUUGUCACAAGACCUUUUCUCUCAUGCUCUCAAAACACACCCUCAAACAAUAAACCACUCUUACCUGUGAACAAGA